AAUCGGAAAGCUCUGAAAGGCGCCGCUGCACCGCAUUGUUGAGCCGGCCGGCCUGAGCCGGUCCGCUGGCGGUCUUGCCGUUGACGUCGUGUCACGAGCUGUGCCCAGGCCGGCCCGGCCACCCUGACCGGGCGAUGGCCAGCGACCUGCCCGUCGAAGGGGUUGACUCGAUCCCCCGCGACCUGCCGGUCGAGGAUCCCGACGUCGUGACGUACCUGGCGACCAAGAUCCGGCGGCUGGAGCGGUGGCUGCUCGGGGAGCUGCGCCACGGCCGGGCGGAGCGCCGCCUCCUGGAGGAGCUCGUCAACAUCAAGGAGGAGGACCUCGAGUUCCACCGCCAGCGUCUGGACGCCACACUGAAGCAGGUGAGGCGACUCCGCUCUGAGCUCGGCGAGAGUCGGAAAGAACUCCUCGAACGACGAAGACUCCUCAGCCAGGCCUUCGUGGACAACGUGAGGCUGCGCGCCGACAACAAGGAACUGAGGUCUAUGGUCCAAAUUAGGAGUUUGGAGACUUAUCAUUCUAAAAAGACAAAUGAUGUGUUUAUCCAAUACACUGACACAGACCUUUAACA